CGCAUCAAGAUAAAGCUAUGUUUAUAACGUCAUAAAAUAUUUAUAAUUUUUACAUAAUAAUUAAAAUCGAAAAUCCCCUUGGAAUUAUUUUCAAAUUUUCCCAGAAAAUUUCAAAAAUUUUAUAUUUUUUUUUUACUCCUUCAUUAAAUUUUGACAUUCGUGCCUUAGUGUUAUUAUUAUAAUUAUUUGAAUUUUAAUUAUAUUAAUCAAAAUUAUUUUUUAAUUUUUAUUAAAAAAAAAAAAAAAACUCAUUUUUGGUUUUUUUUUUUUUAAAAUGUCGAGAAACGGUGAAAGACAAAGUUAUGCACAAACUUAUAAAUUAGUUGUCGUUGGUGGUGGUGGUGUUGGUAAAUCAGCAAUUACAAUACAAUUUAUACAAAGCUAUUUUGUAACAGACUAUGAUCCAACAAUUGAAGAUUCGUAUACAAAACAAUGUGUCAUUGAUGACGUACCAGCAAAACUUGACAUUUUAGAUACUGCAGGUCAAGAAGAAUUCAGUGCGAUGCGUGAACAAUAUAUGCGAAGUGGCGAAGGAUUUUUACUCGUAUUUUCAGUAACAGAUCAUUCGUCAUUUGACGAAAUUUCAAAAUUUCAUAAACAAAUUUUACGAGUUAAAGAUCGCGAUGAAUUUCCAAUGCUGAUGGUUGGUAAUAAAGCUGACUUAGAUCAUCAAAGAUAUGUUCAAGUUGAUGAGGCACAAAACUUAGCUAGGGUAUUAAAAAUACCUUACAUUGAAUGCAGUGCUAAAUUACGAAUGAAUGUUGACCAAGCGUUUCAUGAACUCGUGAGAAUCGUUCGUAAAUUUCAAUUAUCUGAGCGGCCGCCUUUGAAGCCUAAUUAUAAGAAAAAUAAAAAAAAAUGUUGUAUGUUAUAAUUGUAAUUAUAAUUAACAGCUUCUUUUUUAUUUUAUUUUAAUUCAAUUUAUUAUUUUUAAUUAACAAUUAAAUCUUAACUUUUAACUCUUAAUUAAUUAUUAAUAAUACAAAUAAUUUUAUGAGAAAAUUUUUUUUAUUUAAAUUUUUCCAGGGAAAAAAAAUUGAUAUAUAAAUUUUUAAAUUUUUAAAUCGCACAAAAUUUUUAAUAAUCGAUUUAUAAAUAAAUAUAUUGAAUAUUUUUGAUACAUUUUUUAAAAAAUUUUUGAAGAAAAAUAUUUUGAAAUUUAUUGAGAUAUUUUUUUUUUAUUGGAAAAUUUGUAAUCAUUGAAUUUACAAAAAAAAAAAAAAAAGAAAAAUGUGGGGGUGGAUUUAUUUCAAAGAUCAGAAUUUUGGCUGCAAUUUUCACUACUCAGUUAAAAUUCGAUAUUUUUUGCAAUGUAAAAAUUCCGGAGUAAAUUCGGAGUAAAUAGGAAAUUUUUUUUUAAAGAGGGAAUUUCGGAGUAAUGAGAAUUUUAUAUAAAUCCGCAUUCAUUCUGAUUCGGAGUCUGGUUGUUACAAAAAAACUCUGGAGUAAAUUUACUCCAACUCGGAGUUCAAAUUUUGACUUUAAUCUUCCUCUGGAGUAAAUUUUACCCGAAUCCGUAAUUUUACUCUUAUAUUGAACUUCAACUCGGAGUAAAUUUUACUCCAAUCCAAAAUCGAAAUCUUAAAAUAAAUUACUCCGGAGUAAAUUUACUCCUACCCAAAGUUAAAAUGUAAACUUUAACCUUUCUCCGGAGUAAAUUGUUACUCCAGUUCGGAGUAUUGACAGCACAAAACUUCCUCUCGGGGUAAUUUUACUCCAAUCCACAUUCGAAAUUUUAAAAUAAAUUACUCCGGAGUAAAUUUACUCCAACUCGGAGUUCAAAUUUUGACUUUAAUCUUCCUCUGGAGUAAAUUUUACCCGAAUCCGUAAUUUUACUCUUAUAUUGAACUUCAACUCGGAGUAAAUUUUACUCCAAUCCAAAAUCGAAAUCUUAAAAUAAAUUACUCCGAAGUAAAUUUACUCCUACCCAAAGUUAAAAUGUAAACUUUAACCUUUCUCCGGAGUAAAUUGUUACUCCAGUUCGGAGUAUUGACAGCACAAAACUUCCUCUCGGGGUAAUUUUACUCCAAUCCACAUUCGAAAUUUUAAAAUAAAUUACUCCGGAGUAAAUUUACUCCUACCCAGAGUUAAAAUGUAAACUUUAACCUUUCUCCGGAGUAAAUUUUUACUCCAGUUCGGAGUAUUGACAGCACAAAACUUCCUCUCGGGGUAAUUUUACUCCAAUCCACAUUCGAAAUUUUAAAAUAAAUUACUCAGGAGUAAAUUUACUCCUACCCAAAGUUAAAAUGUAAACUUUAACCUCUCUCUGGAGUAAAUUUUACUCCAGUCCAAAAUCGAAAUUUGAAAAUAAAUUACUCCGGAGUAAAUUUACUCCUACCCAGAGUUAAAAUCUAAAACUUUAACCUUUCUCUGGAGUAAAUUUUACUCCAAUAUGGGGUUUUAAUGUCAAAAUUAACUCCCACCUGGGAUAAAUUUUACUCAAUUACUCCGAAUUUACUCCGACUAAUCUCCGUUAACUCCGCAAUUUUUUACAAUGGGAAAUAUCGAUUUUUUGAGUAAAGAAAAAUAUUUUUUUAUCAACAAAAAAUAUUCACUGCCUAAAUUAUUUUUAUAUAUAUAAGUAUACAAUUUAUAUAAAUAUUUAAUUAGAUAAAAUUUACAUGGGUUUAGUUAAUUAAUUAAUUAAUAAUAAUGGAUCGAUAAUAUUAAUAAUAAUUAA